AUGGUUCAGGUUUCCCCGAAAAAAGCCGAAAGCCCAUCAAACGCUCUCGUCGUUGUACAAAGAUAUCUGCAGGAAAAUAGGGACUCUGUGCUGAAUUGCUGCGUAUUAUUGGGCGUCACCAUUUUUAUAGCCUACCAGGCAAGAUCAUUUUAUGCGAUCAAGCACGCGCGAAAGGGGGACAAAGGCGCGGCGGAGGGCCGGCGCAACACGAAAGCGUCGUUGACUUCGGACAAAAAUGUAUCCACGAGGCUUUACGCCGUUGACGACUUUACCGAGCCCUUUCGUGAAAUUACCGUUCCCGCGAAUCCGAAAGAGGAUGAGUCGCUGCGAAAUUCGCAGAUAUUUUACGAAAAGAUGAGGCGGCGUCCGGUCUAUAGUAUUUUCAAGGAUCUAACGGUGCCGAUUAAAGUCGUUCAGAAUAUCGUGAAGACGGCCGACACCUGCCCGAGCAUGGCUUCCGUGCCACAACCUUGGACAAUCUGUGUGAUAGGCGCUGAAAAGGCAAAGUGUGAGGUUAGACACGUUGUCGAGGAGGCAGCGAAACGUCGAUACGCAAUCGAACACGGACUUGAGAACGAGGCGGAGGAUUCCAAUAUGGUCGCAGCGUUGGCGCAUGUCUGGACAAGGGCCUAUCUCUCCGAUGCGCCCUUCAUUAUACUGCUUUUCGCCCAUGUUUCACGCCGCGACGACGUUGGGAACUGGGUGCCGGUGGAAGGGGCUGAGACGGCUGUCGCCACGCUGCUCGGACUUUUAAUAGCAGCUAUACAGGUAUCCGGGUUGUCAACCGUGGCGACGGCCGCCAGACACUGUGACCCCGCGAUACGCCAGCUGUUGCAUAGGCCGAAAACGGAACAACUGCAAUACAUCUUGCCGAUCGGGUACCCGAACGGGCCAGAUCGUGAUGAGCCGUCCGUGGCCACCUCAAAUCGCCGAAGCCACUCGCAACGUGACGCAUCGAUAGAUCCCCAUUCCGAAAGCGAGGCCGACCGAUCGCGACGGGCCCGCAGUCGAAGCCGUCCAUUGGAGCAAAUCGUAAAACUGUAC